GAACAGAGUCACCCGGCUCUGGAAAGCGUUCGGCAACAAGCUGAAAAGGAUCGUGGAGAGCAAGUAUUUCAACCGCGGGAUCAUGAUAGCCAUUCUGAUCAACACGCUGAGCAUGGGCAUCGAGUACCACGAGCAGCCGGACGAGUUGACCAAUGCCUUGGAGAUCAGUAACAUCGUCUUCACCAGCAUGUUUGCCCUGGAGAUGCUCCUGAAACUCCUUGCCUUUGGCCUCUUCGGCUACAUCAAGAACCCAUACAACAUCUUUGAUGGGAUUAUUGUUGUCAUCAGCGUCUGGGAGAUCAUCGGCCAGUCGGAUGGAGGCCUCUCCGUGCUACGAACUUUUCGACUGCUCAGGGUGCUGAAACUGGUACGUUUCAUGCCCGCCCUCCGUCGCCAGCUGGUGGUCCUGAUGAAGACAAUGGACAACGUAGCCACUUUCUGCAUGUUGCUCAUGCUCUUCAUCUUUAUCUUCAGCAUUCUUGGCAUGCAUCUUUUUGGAUGCAAGUUCAGCCUGAAAACUGAUUCGGGAGACACAGUUCCAGAUAGAAAGAAUUUCGACUCCUUGCUUUGGGCCAUUGUGACAGUCUUUCAGAUCCUCACUCAAGAGGACUGGAAUGUGGUCCUCUACAAUGGGAUGGCUUCUACGUCCUCCUGGGCAGCGCUCUACUUUGUGGCCCUGAUGACCUUCGGCAAUUAUGUGCUUUUCAACCUUCUCGUUGCCAUUCUGGUAGAAGGCUUCCAAGCAGAGGGUGAUGCCAAUAGGUCAGACACAGAUGAGGACAAGACAUCUGCCAACUUUGAUGAUGAUUUUGAGAAGCUGAAAGAAUUCCGAGCAACAGAGAUGAAGAUGUAUUCGCUCGCUGUCACCCCAAACGGACACGUGGAGGGCAGGGGGAGCAUGCCACCUCCUAUAAUUAUGCGCACUGCUGCCACACCUAUGCCAACGCCGAAGUGUUCCCCACACAUGGAUUCGGUGCACACUUUCAUGGACUCAAGGAGAGGGAGCAAUGCUUCUCUAGACCCCUUGAGCUAUGACCAGAAGUCCUUGUCUAGCCUCCGCAGUUCCCCCUGUGCCAACUGGGGGACCAGCAGCAACUGGGGAAGCCGACGCUCAAGCUGGAACAGCCUGGGCAGAGCCCCGAGCCUCAAGAAGAAGAACCAGUCAGGAGAAAGAGAGUCCUUGCUCUCCGGGGAGGGGAAAGGCAGCACGGAUGAUGACUCUGAUGAUGCCAAGUCCAGCACGGUCAGCAGGGCCUCACUGCACCGCCGAGCAGAGUCCCUGGACUAUCGCAGCUCCCUGGACCUGCCCGAGCUGCUCCAGCUGCCUACCAUGCGCCACUCGCUCAGUAUCAGCCCUGUGGCUGUUCUGCCUGCGGAGUACCAAGACUGCAACGGCAAGAUGGUGCAUGUCCCCAGCGAGUUCUUCCUGCGCAUCGACAGCCACAAGGAUGACACAUUGGACUACGAGGAUGACAUGGAGGAUAGUUACUGCUACCGGAUUCGUAAAGUCCUAGAGCCCUACAAACCAGAGUGGUGCAAGAAUCACGAAGACUGGUCCCUCUACUUGUUUUCCCCACAGAAUCGGUUCCGAGUGAUGUGCCAGAAGGUCAUUGCCCACAAAAUGUUUGAUCAUGUAGUGCUGGUCUUCAUAUUUCUCAAUUGCAUCACUAUAGCACUGGAGCGACCAGACAUAGACCCACACAGCACGGAAAGGAUAUUCCUAAGUGUUUCCAAUUACAUUUUCACUGCAAUCUUUGUGGCUGAAAUGAUGGUUAAGGUGGUAGCUCUUGGCUUCUUCUCUGGGGAGAACACCUAUCUCCAGAGCAGCUGGAAUGUCCUAGAUGGAGUCCUGGUCUUUGUAUCUAUCAUUGACAUUAUUGUCUCCAUGGCAUCGGCAGGCGGAGCUAAGAUCCUGGGUGUCCUUCGAGUGUUGAGACUUCUGCGGACCUUGAGACCUCUCCGAGUCAUCAGCAGAGCCCCAGGUCUGAAGCUGGUGGUAGAAACCUUGAUCUCCUCCUUGAGGCCUAUUGGAAAUAUCGUUCUCAUCUGCUGUGCUUUCUUCAUUAUCUUUGGGAUUUUAGGGGUGCAGCUUUUUAAAGGCAAAUUCUACUACUGUGAUGGUCCUGAUGUGAAAAACAUCACUACAAAGACUGACUGCACUAAUGCACGCUACAGAUGGGUUCGGAGGAAGUACAAUUUUGACAAUUUGGGACAGGCUCUCAUGUCCUUGUUUGUCCUCUCUUCCAAAGACGGCUGGGUGAACAUCAUGUACGAUGGUCUGGAUGCUGUGGGUAUUGACCAACAGCCCAUCCAGAACCAUAACCCUUGGAUGCUUCUCUACUUCAUCUCCUUCCUGCUCAUCGUCAGCUUCUUCGUGCUCAACAUGUUUGUGGGGGUGGUAGUGGAGAACUUUCACAAGUGCCGGCAGCACCAGGAGGCGGAGGAGGCCCGGCGUCGGGAGGAGAAGCGGCUGAGACGCUUGGAGAAAAAGCGCAGGAAAGCCCAGCGCAGGCCUUACUAUGCUGACUAUUCCCCAGCACGAAAGUAUAUUCACACCCUCUGCACCAGCCACUAUCUGGACCUCUUCAUCACGUUCAUCAUUGGGGUCAAUGUCAUCACUAUGUCAAUGGAGCACUACAACCAGCCGAAGUCCCUGGAUGAAGCUCUGAAGUACUGCAACUAUGUGUUCACCAUAGUUUUUGUGUUCGAGGCAGUUUUGAAGUUGGUGGCGUUUGGUUUUCGAAGGUUCUUUAAGGACAGGUGGAAUCAGCUGGAUUUGGCCAUAGUUCUUUUAUCAAUUGUGGGAAUCACGCUGGAGGAGAUCGAGAUGAAUGCUGCACUGCCCAUCAAUCCCACAAUAAUACGCAUCAUGCGGGUACUGAGAAUAGCCAGAGUGCUGAAACUGCUUAAAAUGGCCACUGGGAUGCGAGCUCUCCUGGACACAGUGGUGCAGGCGCUUCCCCAGGUAGGGAACCUUGGCCUUCUUUUUAUGCUCCUGUUUUUUAUCUAUGCUGCCCUGGGAGUGGAAUUGUUUGGCAAGCUAGAUUGCAGUGAAGAAAAUCCCUGCGAAGGUCUGAGCCGACACGCAACUUUCACCAACUUCGGCAUGGCCUUUCUCACCCUCUUCAGGGUGUCAACAGGGGACAACUGGAAUGGUAUCAUGAAGGACACUCUCCGGGAAUGCACCCGGGAAGACAAGCACUGCCUCAGUUACCUGCCCGUCAUCUCUCCUGUCUACUUCGUCACCUUCGUCCUCAUCGCGCAGUUUGUCCUGGUCAACGUGGUGGUGGCAGUGCUGAUGAAACACUUGGAGGAGAGCAACAAGGAGGCCAAGGAGGAUGCUGAGAUGGAUGCUGAGAUCGAGCUGGAGAUGUCCAGAGGAGCAGCCACCUCGGCCACCAGCAGGAGCAGGGGAGGUGCCGCGGCCCCAGAGGGCAAGGUCAGAAGUCAGGAGACCAUGAAGACGGAGUCAGCAGUGCAGGCGAAGCAUCAAGCGCUGGGCAGUGCAGCCUGUCUGCGGCCAGAGGACUCCCAGAACCUGCUGACAGUCCGCAAGAUCUCCGUUUCCCGGAUGCACUCCUUGCCCAACGACAGCUAUAUGUUCCGCCCUGUGAUGCCAGCGAAAGCCCCUUUCCCCCUCCACGAAGUGGAGAUGGAGACCUAUCCCUGCAAAUCUCAAAGAGGAUCCAUCACCUCCAUCCGCUCCCAGCCCGUGGGAACGUGCUCCUCUCUGAGAGUCCCAACAGAGUCUUUCCAACUGGCUGCUCGUUCUCGCAACCAUGAAGGCCGCCACCGGUGGAAGAUCCUUUCCCCGCAUGUCGCCCCUCGAUCUCCUACUCUCAACAAGCUGCUGUGCAGACAGGAGGCCGUUACAACAGACUCCGUGGACGGGAAGACUCCGGACACCAAGUACAGCCUGCAAGCGGAGCCUGGAGAGACACUACCGUUGGCAAAGCAGUCUCAAAGCACCUUCCCUUCAAGCCCACUGCAUCCCGCGGCUGCCUCCCUGCCGCCCCCCCCGCCGCACUCCCCUCCAUGCUCCCCGCACCGGCACUCCAGCAUCCCCAUGCGGAAGCACACCUUCAGCCAGCGCAGCGUCGCCAGCCGGCCGCCCAGCCCCACCAGCAGCCCGCCCAACCCCGAGAGCGGCCUCCUCGAGUCCUCCGACCCGGCUGAUGAGGAGGUUAGCCACAUCAACAGCUCCGCCAAAGACUGGGGUGAGCACUCGGACGCCGGGAGCUGCUCGACUUCGCCCUUCAUCUCCCCAGCCCCAUCUCCAGUGCCCCUCAAGAACUGCAGCACAACUAGCCUGUCCGGGGGCAGCAGCAAAGGGAAGGACUUGAAGAAGUUUUACAGCAUCGAUACGAAGGGCUUCCUAGCUAAGCCCAGCUGGGCAGACAACCAAAGGCGGCACUCCAUCGAGAUCUGCCCCUCCGUUGACGAUGGAGACUGUAGCUUUGAAGAGGCUGCAGAGGAAAAGCAGCGGUCGCCUGCCCACAUCCAGCCGGAGUCGGAGUACAUCCACGGAGCACGGAGGAAGAAGAAGAUGAGCCCGCCCUGCAUUUCUAUAGAUCCUCCCAUGGAGGACGACGGCGGGGCGGCCUCCCCCGGAUGCCCGUUCCCCAAAUCUGAAUCCAUCCCAGGUGCAGUUCGACACAACCUUUAA